CUCUUCCAUUCCUCAGGUUAAAAAAAAGAAAACAACGGUGAAAAAAAAGAGCAAAAAAAUGACCUGUUGUCUUAAUCACAACAUGCAACAAAGGACUGCUAGUAUCUGAGGCUAAUUUGCCCUAGCUGCCUGCGUGAAUGAGCCGUGGGCAGCCAACCAUAUGUGAUGUAAAAAAAAAAAAAGGCGAGAGAGAGACCAGAAAUCAAAUGCAGCCGUGUUUUUUAUUCUGACAAGUGCCGUAGCAGCGGAAAGCAAGGCGAGCAUACGGGAAGAGAUGCAGGGGCGAAGGGGCUGUCUGUAGGGCACCGGCGUUUCCACCGGCGUAGGCAGCAAUGGGGCCCCACUGAUGACGCACUUGCCCUCUCCACACACAGCUUGUAAUAUUCACGAUGCAGUCAUUGGCAAGCCAGCAACAGCUGAACGUACAACGUACGACACAGACACAUUAACUCACUCACACGCUAAGGGGGCCAGAUUGGGAAUUCACAGUGUGCCCACAGAUAGUCGUCCUUGCUCUUGUGUGCCCAAGAUGUCUCGAGUCAAUUUCGCCAGCAUAUUGUGGCAUUGUGAUGCGGCAACCAGCCAUGAAAUCCACUUUUGUGUCGGGAAUCCUGUACCCCUCAAAAGAUGUUUUUAGGACUUGCGGCCGGCAACAAAUCAACUGUAAAUUCCAGUGAUGGCUGCGGACGAAAGAAAGCAUUGUGAAAAACUUUGACAAACUGCUACGCCAAUUCCACAAGCUGUCUUGGCCAACGGAUUGAGGGAGAAAAUUGAUUUUGUACAAAAAAUUCCUGGAUAUCAGUUGUAAAGUGAACAACCUUCGAGAUGUCGUCGGUGAAAGUAGCAGUUCGAGUCCGUCCAUUUAACUCCAGAGAAAUCGGCCGAAAUGCUGAGUGUGUCAUCAGCAUGACAGGCAAAACAACAACUAUCGCAAAUCCUAAAGCACAGAACAAGGAACAACCAAAGAGUUUCAACUUUGACCAUUCCUAUUGGUCACACACCACUCCUGAAGAGCCAGAUUAUGCCUCCCAGAAACAGGUCUACAGUGACUUGGGGCAGGAGAUGCUUACGCAUGCGUUUGAAGGGUACAAUGUAUGCAUAUUUGCUUAUGGACAGACAGGGUCUGGAAAGUCCUACACAAUGAUGGGUAAACAAGAAACGUCCCAGGAAGGCAUUAUACCAUUGCUAUGUAAGGAGCUGUUUGACCGAGUCAGCAACCAUCCGGAACCCAACAUGCAGUACUCAGUAGAAGUCAGUUACAUGGAGAUCUACUGUGAGCGAGUGCGAGACCUGCUCAACCCAAAGAACAACAAGAACCUGAGAGUGCGGGAACAUCCGCUGCUGGGUCCCUACGUGGAAGAUCUGUCCAAGCUGGCAGUUAUGUCAUUUAGUGAUAUAUCAGAUCUGAUGGAUGAAGGCAACAAAGCGAGGACGGUGGCCUCCACCAACAUGAACGAGACAAGCAGUCGCUCACACGCCGUCUUCACCAUCGUCUUCACCCAGAAACGUCACGAUAUCGAGACGGAUCUGUGCACGGAGAAGGUCAGCAAGGUCAGCUUGGUUGACCUGGCAGGAAGUGAAAGGGCUGACUCAACGGGGGCCAAGGGGGUCAGGUUAAAGGAGGGAGCUAACAUCAACAAAUCGUUGACUACACUCGGCAAGGUCAUAUCAGCAUUAGCAGAAGUGUCUCAAAUGCAAUUAUCACAGGCAAGCAAGAAGAAGAAGAAGGCAGAUUUCAUUCCAUACAGAGAUUCAGUACUCACCUGGCUACUCAGAGAGAACCUGGGUGGUAAUUCCAAGACGGCCAUGAUCGCUGCGCUCAGCCCGGCCGAUAUCAACUAUGACGAGACACUCAGUACACUCAGAUACGCAGACAGAGCCAAGAACAUCGUCUGCAAAGCCAUCGUUAAUGAAGACCCCAACGCCAAGCUGAUCCGAGAGCUCAAGGAGGAAGUGCAACGACUGCGGGAGUUGCUGAUAGCUGAGGGGAUCCAGAUGAACGCGCUGCACUCUGGCAGCACGGAGAGCAGCGGACAACAGCAGCAGCAACGAAUCAUUCCUGUACAACCCAUGAAAGAGGAUGCGCUGGAUAGGCUAAAGGAAUCAGAGAAGCUGAUCGCAGAACUGAAUGAAACAUGGGAAGAGAAACUGAAGAAGACGGAAUCCAUCAGACUGCAGAGGGAGGAGAUGCUAGCUGAGAUGGGCGUGGCUAUCAGGGAGGAUGGCAACACAGUGGGCGUGUUCUCACCCAAGAAGACCCCCCACCUUGUCAAUCUGAAUGAGGAUCCAUUCAUGUCUGAAUGUCUACUCUACUACAUCAAGGACGGCGUCACCAGAGUUGGGCGUUCAGACGCUAACAUUACCCAGGACAUACAACUCAGAGGCUCACAUAUACAGGAAGAGCAUUGCUUAUUCACCAAAGAAGAUUCCCUAGUCAAGAUUGUACCAUUUGAGGGGAGUAUGUGUUACAUCAACGGAAAGAAAGUGUCCAAUCCGCUACUACUACGAUCAGGUUGUCGUGUGAUCCUGGGCAAGUACCACGUGUUCCGUUACAACCACCCUGAGCUGGCCCGUCAGGAGAGAGAGAAGACGCCUCAGGUGGAGACCACCUUGGCAGCUGAGAAGGAACCGGUGGAUUGGUCCUUUGCUCAGAAUGAGCUGCUGCAGAAGCAAGGCAUUGACAUCAAGGACGAGAUGGAGAGAAGGUUGCUUGCCAUGGAACUGCAGUACAAGAAGGAAAAGGAAGAGGCUGACCAGCUCUUGGAACAACAGAGGCUGGAUUACGAGAGCAAGCUGCAGGCUCUCCAGCGUCAGGUAGAAGAGCAGUCCCUCCUGUCUGGUAACACAACCCCCGGUGACCUGAGCGGCGAUGAUGAGGACAACCUGGAAAGUCAUCCCUGGACACCGAGGGAGUUUUCCCUAGCUAGCUGGGUGGUCAGGAAGUGGCGUUUCUAUCGCUUCACUUCAAUCAGGGAUGAUCUGUGGGGUAACGCUAUAUUCCUGAAGGAGGCUAAUGCCAUUAGCGUGGAACUCAAGAAAAAGGUUGAGUUCCAGUUUGUGCUGCUGACAGACACCAUCUACUCCCCCCUGUCACCUGACCUCCUGUCCAGCUCAGAUAACACAGACAUCUUGGAGCAUCCCUUCCCACGCACCGUGGUCGCUGUGGAGGUGACCGACAAGAAAAAUGGAGCUAUGCACUACUGGUCCCUGGAAAAACUAAGGAAACGUCUAGAGUUAAUGCGUGAGAUGUACGAUAACGCAGCCGAUGCCACGCCCACCACCCCUGAACCGCUCGGCUUUGAGAACAGUGCCGUGACUUGCCGUGACCCCUUCUAUGAUCGGUUCCCAUGGUUCCGACUCGUUGGAAGAUCUUUUGUGUAUCUGAGUAACUUGCUGUACCCUGUUCCAUUGGUCCACCGUGUGGCCAUCGUCAAUGAGAAGGGAGACGUGCAGGGCUACCUGCGCAUUGCUGUGCAACAUGUAGCACCAGACGAGGAGGCACCAGACUAUGGCUCGGGCGUGCGCCAAUCGGGGACAGCCAAGAUAGCAUUCAAUGAUGACGAAUACUUCCAGAGGAAGUUCAAGCGUAGUCCUACCACUGUGAGCCAAUCGGCGAUCUCCGAGGAUGAAGUCAGGAUUGUGGAGGGACAGAGAGAAAACUCCGAUCUUGAUAAUUCUCUCUCAGAUAUGAUUGAGAAACAAGACGUUGAGGCAAUGAGCACCACGGAGAGUAUGACGUCAAUCUCAACGGUAGACGUUCCAGAGAAUGAAUCGCUCAAGCUAGGGUCUACGUUCACAUUCCGUGUCACUGUGCUACAGGCCUCCGGUAUAUCCACAGAAUAUUCAGACAUCUUCUGCCAGUUCAAUCUGCUUCAUGGGCGCGAGGCCUUUGUCACACAGCCUGUGCAGAACAAGGUGCAGGGGGGCGGGGCGCCACUCGGGUUUUACUUUGUUCAAAGUAUUUCCGUGACCGUGACCAAAGCGUUCCUUGACUACGUCCGCACUUCACCCAUUGUCUUUGAGGUGUUUGGCCACUAUCAGGCCCAUCCUCUGCAUCACCAAAGCCAAGAAACUACCAGAUUGCGACCACUGAAGCGGAACUUUCCUCCCAGCCUUCCUCUUGCCAGACCAGUUCCAUCGCCUAAGCUCGGCCUGGUUAGCACGCCGAGUACCAGUCAUCUUCAUUCACGACAUGAUCUACUGGUCUUCUUUGAGAUCUGUGAACUCGCACCAUCAGGAGAGUAUCUUCCUGCCGUGGUAGACCACAGCGAUGAGUUACCAUGUAGUGGUGUGUACCUCCUACAUCAGGGUAUCCAACGACGUAUUGCCAUCACCGUCAUCCAUGAAUCGUCUAACGAGCUCAUCUGGAGAGAUGUCAGGGAACUUGUGGUCGGUCGUAUUCGGACGACCUUGGAAGUGACAGAACCAGAUCAUGAGCUGUCUGUCCUGUCACUCAAUCUGCUGCCAGCAAUGUACAUACAACAACCAGGAGACGACAGGACCUGUUUCCGCUUUGAGGCGGCAUGGGACACCUCCCUACACAAUUCGGUGUUGCUUAACAGAAUGACCCCCUAUGGUGAGCGGGUCUACCUUACACUCUCUGCUUACCUGGAGGUAAGUAGGAACGUGCUGGAUAAUUGCACCCAGUCUGCCUGUAUAACCAAAGACAUCUGUCUACAGAUGUAUGAACGCGAUGCUCGUAUCAGCCCAGCUCGCUCACUGCGUACCCUCUUCGGUAGUGGCUACUACAAGGCAUCUGACAGUCGUGUGACCGGGGUAUAUGAAUUAUCACUGCGUCGUUCCGCGGAAGCUCUGAGCCCAGGGCUAUCUUUCAGUCAAUAUGAUCUGAGAGACCUACUGGAAUCGACUUCGCCUGGGGCUAACACUCCCCAGACUAGUGGCACUCAGCGUCGUUUACGCAAAGUGAUUGACACUUCAGGCACCUAUGUCCGAGGAGAGGAGAACCUUCAGGGCUGGCGCCCACGAGCUGACUCACUGCUGCUGGAUCAUCAGUGGGAACUAGAGAAACUGGGCCGACUUGAAGAGGUUGAGAAGGCACGUCACAACCUCCUUCUCAGAGACAAAAUCCAGCAGGAGCUGGUCAACACGCGUGGAGAGGGCAUGCCGAAGUCUGAGACAGAUAGCUCCCUGGACACGACCCUGUCCAAUGACAGUAUGGAUAGAGAGCAUGAGUUGCUAGACCGUUGCGUCAAGCUGAUGAUGCGCAACCAGCCGCCUGUCCUGUCACCACCGCCAUUCAAAACCUCUGAGCCACCCACUGUCACUCUCCAGAGACCUGAAGACGUUGAUGAAAGCACUGCAUCAGCCUCAGUGGCCACCGGCAGCCAAGGUCAGGAGGUCAUGACCCCCGAUGAACCCAUGUCGUCCUCCAGCUCCAUGCCAGACUUACAGCUGUUGGGUCCCGGCACGCGUAAGCUACCGAUCCCGACGGAUCUGCCGGGGAUACAAGGCCACGACAUGGCAGGCGCAUCAGGGGAUGCCAGCAAGAUGAAGAAAGGUGGCAAGGGGAUGUUUGUGCCGGAUGUUGAAGAAAUCCGAGUCAGUCCUGUUGUGUCAAGGCGAGGCUACCUUAACUUCCUUGAGGAGAAGACAGCAGGGUGGGUCAUGCGUUAUGUCAUUGUGCGUCGUCCGUAUGUCUUCAUCUACGACAACGACAAAGACCCCAUUGAGAGAAGUUUGAUCAACUUAGCCACAGCGCAGAUAGAAUACAGCGAAGACCAGCAAGCAAUGCUCAGGACGCCAAACACUUUCUCAGUCAUCACCAAAUACCGUGGCUUCCUCCUGCAAACCAUCGGCGAUAAGGAUGUCUUUGAUUGGCUGUAUGCCUUCAACCCACUCCUGGCUGGUUCAAUCAGAUCCAAGCUCUCUCGCCGUCUAGCUACCCAGCUCAAGGUGUAAGCAAGACUAUCUGUGAUUGGCUGCUGUAACUGAGAGCAAGCCUCGGCUGGUCCAAUCAGAUCUCAGCGGUGUUGUUGUUAAACCCAGCUUUGAAAGAACGUUCUUGAUUGGUUGUUUGCACUUGGCCUACUUCUGGCUGGACCAAUCUAAUCAAAGCUCUCUUGUCAUCUAGCAGUCAAGCUCCGGUUCCUUCAAGUCUGGUAAACUGCAACUCAGAAUAUUGCCAAAGUUAGAAUCAUAGUAUAACUAUAACUUGCACAUGUUCCAAUCCCUAGACAACUCAUGUUCAAAUACUGUAUAUUAAUAUCCUGCAAGUUGUCUUAACGUAAAAAUAGUCCGGUCAAAUGUAAAUAAUCGUUCAGUGUUUAGUGUUUUAAUUAAUAGUUUCAGCAAAGUAAAUGUGAAACUUGACCAAAAUGUUUGUCAUGUGGUGAUCUAGAUAUCGACAAAUGAAUUAGUGACGUUAAAGGUUCAGGUUCAACCCCAAGUGCAGGUAUCCGUGAGGCUAGAAAGUUGCCUUCAAACUGAAAGGGAAUUAUCUCAUUAGUUUUUUUUAUUGAAUUAUUUAAGUAAACCUGCCAAAUUGAUUCAACAUCAUGUUUUAAGAUUUGCCAUUUUUUACGGACACUUUUAGCUCCUCAUUCCUCCAUUUUUAAUUUAUUCAUCCACCCUUUUAUUUUAUCCACCUCCUCACAGUUUUGUUGAAGAAAUUAUUUCAAUGCAGGGUUGGUUUUCAAAAAAACUAGUGGCAGGGUCGUUACAAGGGUCCAUACUUCAGGGUAUACGCGCAAUUGCGUAGUUCAGUGUUCCAAACGAUUGUUUUCCUGGGUUUUUGUUCGGAUUGCAUGUGAAUUGAAUGAGGUGGUGUCAUAGUUCAAGAACUUUUAAUCUAGCUGUAGGAAUCUGUCAGAUUCAGUCCACUUCACUCUUCCAUGUGAAAUCAGUAAGCAUCAAACCGUCAGAUUAUUUUGGUUCAAAGCUACAGGUACCACUAUUGUUUGGUUCAGUUUGAUUGGAUGGUCAUGCAGUUCUAGGAUUCUGUUGGAUUAAGGUCUUUGUGCUUUAUUCUUUGUUUCUGUUGGAUUUGGUUCAGUUGGAUUCAGCUUGCUCUGCACCUGUUAGAUUCUAAUUGCCUCGGGAUUUACUGAUGGAUCUCUAAUGGAUUUCUGUUGGAUUAAGUACCGGUAGGAUUUCUGUUGGAUUAUGUAGGAUUUCUGUUGGAUUAAAGUAGGGUUUACACUUGUUGAUGGGUUCUGUUGGAAUAUAUGUGCUUUAAUAUGAUUUGAUUUUGAUGGAAUGAGCAGGUUUUUGGAUUAUGAAGGAUUCAAUCAGGGAACUUGCACUGUAGCCAAAGAGAACCUGAUGUUUGGUUUAGUUAGUUUCAUGUAUAAAUUACCACUUUUAGAAUAUGUUCGUGCAUACUGUUAGCUUGGAAAACCCCAACAUACUAGCCUGACUGUGCUGUAUUUGUCCAGUGGAAAUGUCCUAGUAAAUGUACCUAUAUUACGUGUAGAUAUAGAACUGUGUGGGAUAAAUGUAGGGAAACUAUAUUCAAGUCUUUCACUGAUGGAAUUCUGUGCUGAUGGGACAGAUUGUGCAGAUUGUGAUUGGAGAGUGUCAUUGAGAGUCCUGUUUUCUCUUUUCAUUGUUGGGUCAUUUCAUUCUUUGUUUGAUGUAUGUAAUGCUGACUGAACCCUAUAGUCACAGACAUAUAUAUACAGAAAGAUGGGUGAUUUUAUUUUUCCCCAAUUUUUUUUGGAAAGGGGGGGGGGUUGUGAUGGUGGAUUUUCUGUGAUAUAAUAUGGAUUGCUGUUUUGUGUUUAAUCUUUUUGAUUCUACUGGAAAGUAACAAAUGAAAACCAAAGGUCGGUACAAUUUGGAAUUUUCUGAAGGUUUUCUUUCUUUUUAAGUUUGUUGUUUUAAAAUUUAAGGCUACUUUGUAUGCUUUCGAAGCAGUGAAUCACAAUUAUAACUAUGUGUCCUCUCUGUCACACAGAUUUCUGCAAUUGUAAAAAAAAAAAAAAAAAAAAAAAAAACAUUUAAGGAAUAAUUUGACCUGUUAAAUGCUGUGGAUGUAUUGAAUGUUACGAUAAAAUGGUCAGUAUUGUUCAAGUCAAACAGAACUUUAUCAUGCGUUACAUAAAUGAAUAUGCAGUUGAGGAGGAACACAGACUUUAAAAAAUGCAGUGUACAUAGUGCGUAUCGUACUUACGUCAAGUGACAUCAUGAGUAGGUGUAGUAUGUACUUGUAAAUAUCACAUAGGAAAUGGUAAAAUAAUGGAGAAUUAAUGGCAGUUUUUGUUGUGAUCUAUAUAUAUGAGUAUUUUUAUGCAAAUUGGCUUGCCAUAUAUAAAAACAACUUGACUGAGCAAAAGUGUGACGGCAAAUCUAAGCUGUAGCAGUUUCAUAGAUGUAGAAAAUAGAAUUGUAGUUACUUUAAAGAUGAUUGUAAGCCAACAAAGCUAAACAAAGGCCUUGUACUGUGUACGUGAGGAAAAUUGAACAUCACACAACUUACAUUUCACUAAAAAUUGAAGGGAACUAAAAGUUUGGAAGAAAACAUUUUACAAACGGCUGUUUAUAAUGUAGGAUUGAUAAUUACAGACGAGCACAAGGUUAGGAACAGAAAAUGAAAAGGGGGGGGGUUGAAAUGGUUUACAAAUAGGAACGGUAGCCAAGUUCUGAAUGUGGCUUUGAUUCCUAACUCAAGCUCAAUUUCCGUGUGCUUUGUUGUUCCUUCUAGUGCAGUAGUGCCUUUAGAAUGUUUAGAUGUUUUAGCUUAUAGCCUGAUAAGUACGUAUAGAAUAUUUACAAUCAAAUCACAUCACUUUGUCUUUCUGCAAGUUUCACUGAUUGUUCCAUUUCCCUUUAAUAUUUUGCAUUGUACAUCUUUUUUUAUUUUAUGAAGAAAAAAAAUAAUUGUACAAAGAAUUUGUUAAUGAUUUUCAAUUGCCACGCACACUGACUGUUUUGUUCUGGGGAGCCUUUUUUGAUUAAUUUUACAAACUGUAUUAUAUGUUAUGAACCAAAUAAGUUAUUUCUUUUUGGAUAAUGUUGCCUGAUUCAACUAACACUGCUGCCACGUACUUGAUUUUUUUUUUUAAAUGCAGCGUUUGUAAGUAUUAUUGCAAGCAGUAGCAAUUUAUACGUAAAAGCAAUGAAAGUGACAAAUAUAUCGGUGCAAUGCUCAUCUGUUUAAAUAUUUAAAUUAAAAAUCUAGGGUAUGUAGCAAAUGUCAUUACUUAAAUACUGGAAUGUAACAGUUGUGUGUCUCACGUUUUAAAAGUAAAAAUUUUAUUUUCUUACUGUAGUAUUAAUUAAUGUAUAGGACUAUGUAACAAUGAUGUAGUGAAUGACAUUUGUGUAUGAGCCAUGCUGGAUUCAUUUU